UUUCCUUCUCUUCGCUUCUCUUGGUCCACACCGCACUACUGCAACUCGCUGCCCUUACCGCCUGCGGAGUAGAGCCUCACCAUCUUUCGGUGACCAGCAAUCACGAUUUGGCUCUCAAUCUCAAGCCAUGGCCCUGAAGAACAAAAAUUCAAAGAAGAAAGACACAGGUCCUAAGGGAAGGAAUAAGAUGGGCAAGAGAUUCUCUAUGGAAGAAGACCCCCUUUUUAGUGCCGAACCCGAGAAGAGGCGAAAAAUUGAUUUCAAGGACGAUGACAUCGAGUCAGAGGACGACAGUGAAAUCCUGGGCUCCGACAUUGGAGAAGAAGACGGAGACUUGGCGGCAGAUGAGGAAGAGAAUGCAGAUGAGAAGAGGCACCGUUUAGCUGCAGAGCUGGUAGAGAAGUACCGAGCUGCAGAGAGGAGAAAGAAGGAAGAGGAAGAUGAAUACGAGGAUGGAAGAGGGACUGAGAAAGAAGGCGAGAGGGAUACACUCGUGGCGCAGAUUUUGAUGCAGGAGCAGUUGGAGGAGAGUGGCCGUGUUAGGAGAGUAAUUGCUUCCAGGGUUCAGAAACCUGAAGCUGUUGAUGGAUUUCGGAUCUUGGUAAAGCACCGGCAAUCUGUUACUGCUGUAGCUCUAUCUGAGGAUGAUUCAAUGGGCUUUUCAGCUUCCAAAGAUGGAAUUAUUAUGCACUGGGACAUAAAUAGCGGCAAAGGUGAAAAAUACCUAUGGCCUAGUGAGGAACUGCUGAGGUCACAUGGGGUCAAGGACCCACAAGGUCAAGCAAAAAAAAGAAGCAAACACGUUCUAUCACUGGCUGUCAGCUCUGAUGGUCGGUAUUUGGCAACUGGAGGAUUGGACCGGCAUGUUCAUUUGUGGGACACCCGUACAAGAGAUCAUAUUCAGGCUUUUCCAGGUCACAGAGGGCCUGUGUCAUGCUUGACCUUUAGGCAAGGGACUACCGAACUUUUUUCUGGUUCAUUUGAUCGAACAAUCAAGAUAUGGAAUGCUGAAGAUAGAGCUUAUAUAAAUUCAUUAUUUGGUCACCAAAGUGAGGUAUUAUCAAUUGAUUGCCUACGGAAAGAACGGGUGUUGGCUGCUGGACGUGAUAGGACUAUGCAGUUGUUUAAGGUUCCUGAAGAGUCACGACUGGUUUUCCGAGCUCCCAUGUCAAAUCUAGAAUGUUGUUGCUUUAUCAGCAACGAUGAAUUCUUAUCUGGUUCAGACGAUGGAAGCAUCGAGCUCUGGAAUGUAGUGCGAAAGAAGCCUGUGAACAUCAUAAAAAAUGCUCAUGCUCUGUCGGUUCCCACUAACAAUUUCAGUGGCAGCAAUAGUCAUAUAAUUGCCAAUGGUCAUGCUGAAAAUGGUGAUCACAAUCUUGGAAGCAAUCAUUGUUCAUCAGCUUGUUCCUGGGUCAGUUCAGUCAGUGUAUGCCGAAACAGUGAUCUUGCUGCAUCAGGAGCUGGUAAUGGUUUUGUCCGCUUAUGGGCUAUUGAAGGUGAAACCAAAGACAUUCGUCCACUAUAUGACCUUCCACUGGUGGGGUUUGUGAAUUCCCUGAAUUUUGCAAAAUCUGGACGGUUCCUCAUUGCUGGAGUUGGACAGGAACCUCGUCUAGGAAGGUGGGGACGUCUUUCGGAUGCCUGCAAUGGAGUUGCCAUUCAUCCCCUUAAGCUUUCAUAAGUUAGAGCAAGCGUUUUGUAAGAUCUCUUCAAUUUUGACUGCCCAAGAGAUCCGGGUGACCAAAUACUAAGAAGCAUGAAAGAAAAAGAGAAGAAAAAGAAAGAUAUUUCCCUCGAGGCAUACUUUGUUAAUUUUUGCCAGUUUAUGUAGUGUGUCUGUCCUCUGUAAUGGAACAAGGAAACAGAUGCACCAUUACAUUUUAUCAGAGAACGUCGACUGGAAUUGCGAGAAUCUUGCAACGAAGUAGAAACGAGAAAUAGUGUGGGUACUAAUGAAUAUAUAUAGCCCAUAGGAGUGGUCGUUGAGUUUUUUUGCUCGUUUUAUGCGGAGAAUGGAGUACAAGAUUAAACAAUUUUCAUGCAAAGUUUUCUUCUCAAUUUGGGAAACAAUUGCCUUAGUUUGACUACAGAUUAAAUAAUUGAAAUAGUUUUUGGAUUGCUCGACAGAAA